AGAGACACACAGGAGCACAGUGGGGGACCAGGUACGACGCUCCACUGGCAGCACUGUGAGGCCUCAGAGGCUCGGCUCAGCACAUACAGCGCGGACAGACGUGUGAAAAGAGGGAGCGUGAGUCCAGGCCGGGGGCACAGCAUUCAGGAGGAGGUGCUGCCUUCCGCUCCACAACUGGACUCUGCUGCUCCAAUGAGCCAGAGGAUCCUCACGGCAAACGGUGGAGCACUGAGACGCCUCCAGCAGGAUGCCGGAGAGGGUGCACAGGUUCCAGGGUCAGUGUUACUACAAACUGAAGCGGGCUUGUCAGCACCGGGGGGUUCUUUUCCAGGACCCCCUGUUCCCCCCAGCAGCCCAGUCACUCUUCUACCAACGGCCACCCCCACCAGGACUUGCCUGGAAAAGACCCCGGGAGCUCUGCAAGGACCCCCGGCUCUUUGUGGACGGCAUUAGCACACGGGACCUGCACCAGGGCAGUCUGGGUAACUGCUGGAUGGUGGCAGCCACGUCUUGCCUUGCCACGGAGUCGUCCCUCUGGAAGAAGGUCAUCCCAGAUCACACAGAGCAGGAGUGGAACCCAAAACGCCUGGAUCUGUACGCAGGGAUUUUCCACUUCCGCUUCUGGCGCCUGGGUCGCUGGGUGGAUGUGGUGGUCGACGACCGUCUCCCGGUCGGCCAGGAUGGACAGCUGCUCUUCUGCAGAUCCGCGUCCCCCCGCGAGUUCUGGAGCGCCCUGCUGGAAAAGGCCUAUGCCAAGUUGAACGGCUGCUACGAGGCCCUGGAGGGGGGCAACACGGCCGAGGCCCUGGUGGAUUUCACUGGGGGGGUCUCAGAGCCACUGAGCCUGGACAGGAAGCUGUUGGUCGGCCGCGCAGACAAGAGGAAGGUGCUGUUCCAGACACUGGCACGAGCCCACAGCCGCCAGGCCCUCAUCACCUGCUCCAUUCGGCCAGCCGAGGGGGAGGCGGUCGAGUCGGUGCUGUCCUGCGGUUUGGUCUGUGGUCACGCGUACGGGAUCACAGCGGUACGGAAGGUCAGGCUCGGGGAGCGACUGCAGAGCCACUGUGGAACCACCUGGGUAAACGUGGUGCGGAUGCGGAACCCCUGGGGUACGAGCGAUUGGACCGGCGCCUGGAGCCAGGGGUCAGAGCAGUGGCAGCUGGCAGGGCGUGUGGAGCUCGAGAGAAUGGGCAUCAUAGUGAGAGAUGUUGGAGAGUUCUGGAUGGAGUUUGAUGACUUCUGCCGUUUCUUCACGGACGUCGUGGUGUGUCGAGUGGCUGAACGCCGUCUGCUGUGGCCUCGCUCCCACUGGAGGGAGGUCCGCUGCCACGGGGAGUGGAAACUUGGCCCAGCGGACACCCCAGGGGCGACCGAGGCCGUCGGGGAGGCCAGCAGACCAGGGCCCCCCCUCUGUCCCCGAGGAGACAAGAAGGAGCAACAGCUGGGAGAAACACAGGGGGACAGGAUGGCGGAAGGAGGCAAGGAGAGUAACAGCGUCUCCGUGCGCAGCGAGAGGAGUGUGAUGUCCGAAGACGGGAGCGGCCGACACACUGACAGGAGGAGCCGCUGCGGGGGAUGCAUCAACCAUCGAGACACCUUCCUAAACAACCCUCAGUUCCUGUUUGAGGUACGGGGCCACGGGGACGAGGUGCUGAUCUGCUUGCAGCAGGAGGACAGGAGGAUCUGGAGGAGUGCAGGAGGAGGCGAGAACUUGCCUAUUGGCUUUGAGGUGUUGAAGGUGGAGGCGAACCGCUCCAGCCGUGUGCAAUGUGUAGGUGAGCAAGCUGCCAGCUCUGUGUACAUGGACUCGCGCAGCGUGGCCCUGCGCGUGACCCUGGCACCUGCUCGCUACGUCCUGCUGCCCACAACCUUCCACCCUGGCAGCACUGGCCGCUUCCUCCUGCGGCUCUUCUCGCACUCCCGCAUCCAACUCAGGCAGCUGGAGAACGAGCUUCCCUGCUCUUCUCUGUACCGGUGCUGGGGGGUCCAGGCCUGCAUGGUCACCACGGUCCACCUGCAGCGAGCAUCUGGACUGAGUGAGGCCAAACACACAGCUGCUGCCAUUUACGCCAUCAUACGAUGCGAGGAGAAAGCAGUGAGGACACGUGUCUUCAAGCACGAUAGCAACCCCAAGUUCAACACCAAGGCCAUCUUUUACCGCAAAUACCCAGACUCACACAUACGUAUCGAGAUCUGGCGCCAGGGACGGCUGUGGGAUUCUCUGCUGGGUGCAGCCAAGCUGCAGACCGGAGACAGCGAGAGGGGGCGCAGGCGAGUCAUCGAUCUGCAGGGGGGCCAGAUGCGCUCGGGGACGCGGGGGAGCGUCUGCGUGGAGACUUCCUCCAGCCAGCGCCUCACUGAUCUGUGAGGAGCCGCAGCCAUCAUCCCCCCCACUGGAUGUCCACAAGCACCAUGACUGCAGGUGUACAGUCACGAGCGGCAAAGAAGCCCAAGUGUGAACGAGGAGAGGAAGCGAUGAGGACGAUCUCCGGUGAAACGAAUGUUGAUGAGACGAAGCUGAGGGCGGCAGGGCGUACGACAGGCCUCUCAGUCUGGCGCCAGUUUGACAGCCAUAGAGCGGAGUCGUGGACCAAGAGUUCGUAUUUUAACAUGGACGCUGUCACUUUCAACUGGGUACAGCAGCAGUCCUGCAGAGACCAUGUGAGGUUAUUUGCAGAGGAAGUGCAGGACAACAAUGGUCUUUUCUUUAUGUCUCCUUCUGCUGGUCAGAGCAAGAACCUUAAAUACUGUAGUACAACAGUGCUGCAGCGGUGCCGAGGACUGGAAAACUGUGUUUUACAAAUUAAUAAAAAUG